CCAUAUGGUACCAGUGUGGUAUUGUAAAAAAAUCAGAGUAUGGAUAGGUUUUGUAUUUCACUGUAAGUACUUUGACCACUGCUAGAACUUUUUUCCCUUAGAAUACCACAUGGUACCAGUGUGGUAUUGUGAAAACAUUAAGCAUAGUAGAGUUUUUUUACGUUUGGUAUUUGUGAAGUAUGUACUUGAAGAAAGAAGUGAUGAUUUACCUUGAUCGUUGAAGACGUCGAAGUUGGAAAUCCUAAUUUUGUCGCUGAAGACGUCGAACUGGAAACCCUCACUUGAUCGCUGAAGAACUGAGAUCAGUAUCCUUUGCUAAGCGAAAUGAAAAUUCGAGAUUCGACUUCGACUUCAACGGUGCAGUUUGCGAAGAUGAAAUGAGAGAGAGAGAGAGAGAGAGAGAGAGAGAGAGAGAGAGAGAGAGAGAGAAUGGAUAGCGUAAAUGCAGAGCGAAAAGCAGAGAUGGAACUCGAACCGCCUGUGAUUUUUCUGUUUUUACAGAGUUGGUGAUAAUGAUGGCGGGGAAGGCUCGGUUACCUUUUUCAAAUUGUCAGAAGGUCAGUUACUAUUAUACCCCUACGUGUAUUUGCUAUUCUACAUCUGACGGUUAUUAAUGGAUUGCAAUGGACGGCCGAUCCGGUGGUUACUGGCCGUUACUCACCGGUAGGUUACUUACAGGAACUGCUCCCCGCCGCCGGGGUAAUCCUCUCCACGGGAUUCAUCCACGUGCUACCAGAUGCCUUUGAGAGCCUGACCUCGCCAUGUCUCCCCGAAACCCCCUGGGCCAAUUUCCCGUUCGCCGGAUUCAUCGCCAUGGUGGCGGCGAUGGGACCCUGGCCGUUGAUUCGUUCGCAACUGCUUACUUCUCAAAGGCGCACGGUCAGGAAGAAGAGAACCGCGGCGGCGCCGAGGACCCCGAGGAGCGCGGGGAGGCCCACACGCAUGCGACUCACGGCCAUUCGCACGGCGCUAUCUCCGCGGCGGCGGGGGGCCCGAGUUCCGGUGAGGCGCAACUCAUUCGCCACCGAGUCAUCUCGCAAGUUUUGGAGGUCGGAAUCGUGGUGCAUUCGGUUAUCAUCGGCAUUUCAUUGGGCGCAUCGGAAAGUCCCAAGACGGUGAGGCCUUUGCUUGCUGCUCUGACGUUUCAUCAAUUUUUCGAAGGAAUGGGUCUUGGAGGCUGCAUUGCUCAGGCCAAGUUCAAAUCGCGAGGUGUCGCAAUGAUGGUUCUCUUCUUCUCCGUCACCACUCCGCUUGGAAUCGGAAUCGGCAUGGGGAUUUCAAACGUCUACAAAGAGAACAGUCCAACGGCUCUCAUAGUGGAAGGUGUCUUCAACUCGGCGUCGUCGGGAAUUUUGAUUUACAUGGCGCUCGUUGAUCUGUUGGCCGCCGAUUUCAUGCACCCAAAAGUACAAGCCAGUGGGCGACUUCAGAUCGGAGUUCAAAUUGCUCUUCUUCUAGGCGCUGGAUUUAUGUCCCUACUAGCAAUCUGGGCUUAAGUUGUGUGCGUCCAACCCGCACCUUUUUUUUUUUCUUCUUCUUCUUCUCCCCCUCGGCUAGCUAGUUCUAGUAGUCUUCAUUUCAAUGUCGUGGAUCAUUAUCGAACUACUUCCAAAAUGGACUCCCUCGUCAGUGAUGCAAAACCUUGGACCCAAAUUGUUCAUAGCAGUAACAGGAACAUGAUCGAUCUCGACCUUCUCGAAACAUUAUAUCUUGACGUGCAAUUUCGUCUCCAAAUGAUUAUUUGCUUAAGGACAAACGAGAGAAACAAACGUUAUAGAGAUAACAUAUACUUUAUCUCAUCAUCAUCAUCAUUCUGGAGAAGCCGAACAAGCAAAUAGCAUAACUUAAUUUCUAGAAUAUCCGAGUUUGGGGAAAAACGCUGCUAGUGAGAGUUUUUUGGUGCCACAAGCCAAAAUUUAUUAGGGUGCGUUUGGAUAGAUGUAUUUCAAUCGUAACUAGCAAGGAUCCACUCGCGCUCGCUCAUAUUACCUGUCUGGAUGAACAUAGCAUAAGUUAACUCCAAUAUGGUUAGUCAUUCUAUUUCUCAUGAGAAGUCGGUGUUUGUUGGAUUGGUGGUCUUUGUUGGUGGGUUGUGUUCCUGUUUUUAGGCAGUGUUGGUGUUUUCACUUUUUAUAGAUGGUGGGGCGCAACAGCCGAGCUGUGGUCUUUUUAUAUAGCUUGGGCCGCAGCAGCAGUAUUGUUUUUCGGAACAGAUAAAAGAACAAAAGGCUAAGCAAUUCAACAACUAUGGAAUUGCCAGUAUAUUAGAACUCUAAAACCGAGAAUGAGCACUGGAUAAUGGGAAGGCAUACUCAAAACGUACCCUGGAAUUAACAGGACGACUCGAACACCAACCAUACAAUCAUCAAGUAUGUAUCCUAGGAUUUCAAGAUGCCUAAUCACAUAAAUCUAACUGGUUAUGAAGCAUAUAAUGCAGCAGCCGAGGAUGUGAAAACAAUAACAUUUGGUUGCACACAGAAUAUAGGGAAACUUUGCAGAUAACAUUUAUAUAAUAGCCAAACGCACAAAGGGCCUUCGGUUCUGUAGGUAAGAAGUAUCAGUUUGAAAGAAAGCAAGAAUGACUUAUAUGACCUAAAAGAACCAAACUUUUAGGCAUGAAUGUGUCACUGUGGAACGUUGCAGCAAGUAGCAGGCAUCCCUAUCAUGGUUAAAGAGUAAGCAUUUGUAAGUGGCAACAUAUAAAGCUAGUGUACCAACGAUUGGGUGCAGGCAAUCUUCCAGAAUUGGGAGGAAUAGAGCAUGAUUCACCACCAAGCUCAUCAAAUGUUUCUGUGUAUACAAUGUUCCUUGUGUAGUUUUCGUAAAUGUAAUCUUCAUUUUGAAUAUGAAACUUCAAACCAUCAGCCGACCUAACUCUCAAAAUAACAACAUAUUCUUGAAUGCUGAAUAGACCGCCAUGCCUGUGUUAGCAACCUAACAGGGGAAAAUUAAAAUCACAAUUAAGUGAUUGAGACACAGCAGGAAAAAGGUCUAGAGUCUCGAACCAUGUUAAUUGAAGCCAAGAUGGAGUUCUCUCAAUUUAUAGAACCUAGCAGAACUAUACGAUACUAUAAGAAUCAAGCAAUAAGAAUCAA